AUGACUGAAUUCAGCACAUGGUUGGAGGAGCACCUCUACGUCCCAAUUCUUGUUGGAUUGGCCAUUCUAGCCCUUAUCAUGGGUGCAAUUUACUGUUUAUGUAGGAGAAACAGGUUUAAAGGCAGCUACUAUGUCUACAAAAGAUUGGAGCAUGAGGCUGAGAUGGCCCAGCAGCAGGACAGAGAGAGGGAAAUGCAGCAAGAUGUGAUUCGAGAUACUGCUUACAUGAACUGUCAGUAUUAUCUUCGCUCCCACCCAAACUACAGAUUGUCUGAGCAGCUAAAAGAUUUAGGAAGUAGAAUAGACAAGUAUUGGUUUCUUGUCUCUGACAUUCGGACAAAUGAGGAAAUUAUGCUUAGCUGUAUGCACUUCAAUUCCAAGAUGUCAGUUCCUUUCACAAAAGCAACCGGCAAGACAAUAAAGGACUUGUUUUCAUUGUUGAAGCACCCACACAUUUUUCCUGUGGUAGAUUUUGAUUUCUCAGUUGAGCAGAAUCUGAUUUUUGUAUUUCAACCAGUGUCGCAGAGAGGCUCUCUCAAGGAUCUCAUUUACCAGUGCCGCUACACAGAACCCUGGUACAACAAAUACAGUCAAAAGCGUAAAGGUCUGCCUGUGGACAGCAUUAAAAAGUAUGGCAAGCAGGUGUUGAGUGGCCUAUUGUACCUGGAAGAAAAGGGCUUCCCACCUCAUGGUAACAUUCAUUCUGGAAAUAUAAUGUUUGUGGAUGAUAUCUGCAGAAUUUCUGGCUAUGAGAAUCGUUUUCUAGCACACACGUCUCGUGUGUACACUUUGGUUAAGAAAAAACUAAAAGACCAAAACAAGAAUGCCCUGGACACUUUGUGCAUUGGUCAUUUACUGUAUGAGAUGGCAUUUGGAUCAGAGCUAACUUCUGCUCACCCAGAGCCCCAGCAUUUGAUUGGUCACCAGUCUCCAAACAUUGUAGAGAUUUUAAAUUUCAUCUUUGAAAAUGACAGUGGAAUAUACCCAACAGUACAGGAGAUUUCAAGCCAUUCAUUCUUCAGGAAUGUCCAGCUGCCUGAAUUGAUGAAGUACAACCCAGCAAAGAUCCAUCUCAACGAGCCCAUGAAGACAUUACUUAAAACUGUCAAGAAAGGUAAACCAAUCAAACCUGCCAAGCCAGCCUCAGCUAAGAAGAAGAGGGCAGCUGGCCAGUCAGAACCACAGCCACCGACGUCACCAACAAGCCCAGUGUCACCAACAAGCCCAGUGUCACCAACAACACUCUCAACUUCUAGAACACCAGCAGUACCUUCAACUCCUAGAACAAUCUCAACUCCUGCAACACCUUCCAGUGCUACCAUCAGCUUACUACCGCCUCCUCCUCCACCCCCUCCUCCACCACCAGCAGCUCCAGUUCCUAGCGAAACUACUUCCUCUGGAAGACAAGCAUUACUUGGGGACAUAAAAAAGGGCAUGAAACUGAAACGGACGGUGACUAAUGACAAAAGUGCUCCAAAAGUUUGA